AUGUUCCUCAGUGCCAUCGUCAUGAUGAAGAACCGGCGCUCCAUCACUGUGGAGCAGCACAUUGGGAACAUCUUCAUGUUCAGCAAAGUGGCCAACGCGAUCCUGUUCUUCCGCCUCGACAUCCGCAUGGGGCUGCUCUACCUCACGCUCUGCAUAGUGUUCCUGAUGACCUGCAAGCCCCCCCUGUACAUGGGCCCUGAGUACAUCAAGUACUUCAGUGACAAGACCAUCGAUGAGGAGCUGGAGAGGGACAAGCGUGUGACAUGGAUCGUCGAGUUCUUUGCCGACUGGUCCAGCGAGUGCCAGUCCUUCGCCCCCAUCUUUGCCGGCCUCUCUCUCAAGUACAACUGCCCCGGACUGCAGUUCGGGAAGGUGGAUGUUGGCCGCUACACAGAUGUCAGCACCAGGUACAAGGUGAGCACCUCGCCCCUCACCAAGCAGCUGCCCACCCUCAUCCUCUUCCAGGGGGGCACAGAGGUCAUGCGGCGCCCGCAGAUUGACAAGAAGGGUCGAGCUGUGUCCUGGCACCUCCGAGCCCCUAACGUGAUCCGUGAGUUCAACCUCAAUGAGCUCUACCAGAAAGCCAAGAAGCAAGGGAAGCCACGGGAGGAGGG